UAGUGCGUGAGGAUUGAGGUGGCCCACUGGAGAGUAUCAGUUUUUGUAUCCUUUCACUCAGAUCGGUCUUCACAAGGGAUUAGGGUUUUGCAAUCCUUCAAGAAGAUAACAUCCAACGGUGGGAUCCAAAACGUAUAAUCUAUCUAUCGUUCUAUCCAUCUGCUUCAUCCUUUAAGCUUCCUUCGAUACCUUUCUUCAUCCCACCGCCGAAUCGCGACUUUCUUCCAGCGAUUCCAAUCAGGUAAUUUCACUUGGCUUGUUUCCAUGGCUUCUGAUUCGCAGAAGGAUGUCCCUGCUUCUGCUAGCAAGGAUGAAACCAGUGGCACAGCUGAGGUUAAUGUCAAGUCUGAGUCAUCUUCUUCAGGGACACAAUCUGGACAGAGAAGGCCAUCCCCUGUAGAAGCAGGGUUUGCUGGAAAUCCUUUUGAUUUCUCAGCUAUGUCUGGUCUACUGAAUGAUCCCAGCAUUAAGGAGUUGGCUGAACAGAUAGCUAAAGACCCAUCAUUUAACCAAAUGGCUGAGCAGCUGCAGAAGACCUUUCAGGGUGCGGCAGUUGAAGACGGGUUUCCUCAGUUUGACCAACAAGAAUACUACUCCACUAUGCAGCAGGUUAUGCAGAAUCCACAAUUUAUGUCAAUGGCCGAGCAUCUCGGUAAUGCGCUAAUGCAGGAUCCUUCCAUGUCUACCAUGCUCGAGAGCUUUUCAAAUCCUGUAAAUAAAGACCAGCUUGAAGAAAGAAUGUCCAAAAUCAAAGAUGAUCCAACAUUAAAACCAAUCAUGGACGAGAUAGAGAAAGGAGGUCCAGCUGCUAUGAUGAGGUACUGGAAUGACAAAGAUGUUCUUAAGAAGUUAGGUGAAGCUAUGGGUCUUCCAGUUGCAGGAGACACUGGUAGCUCGGGUGUGACUCGUGAACCAGAAGAAGCGGAUGGAGAUGAAGAUGAAUCAGCUGUUCAUCACACUGCUAGUGUUGGUGAUGUAGAGGGUUUGAAAAAUGCAUUGGCCUCUGGAGCAGACAUGAAUGAAGAGGAUUCCGAGGGAAGGACCGCAUUGCAUUUUGCAUGUGGAUACGGUGAGACUAAAUGCGCUCAAAUCCUUCUUGAGGCUGGAGCAGUUGUGGAUGCUUUAGAUAAGAAUAAAAACACAGCACUUCACUAUGCAGCUGGUUAUGGGAGGAACGAAUGUGUUGCUCUUCUUCUGGAACACGGGGCUGCUGUCACGCUCCAGAAUUUGGAUGGGAAGACGCCGAUUGAUGUGGCCAAGCUGAACAACCAGCACGAGGUACUGGAGCUGCUGGAAAAGGAUGUUUUUCUUUAAGUCAAGAGAUAAUGGGGGGUAAUUUGAUCGGUUUGAGAUAAUUUUAUUAUCUAUCUAUAUAUCUAUCGCUCUCUCUUGUGUAUUUUUCUCGUUACCUUGUUUUGUCAUAGGGGUAUGUGGGUGAUGAACACCAAGGAUAUGUUGAUCCAAAUGGUUGUUUUACUAUGUUUGUUUUGUUUUUUUUUAUCAAAAUCUCGGACAUGCUGUUGUUAUUGAAAGCAGUAGUAUGCUGUUUCCAUUUGAUACUUUUGAUCAAAAUUAUUUGCUUUUGUAGAUUAAUAACAGUUUUUCAUUGCUCGAA